CUUCUGCUUGGAAAAGAAGAUUUAUGCUUUGGGAGAGUAGAGAGAGGGACAGGUCUAAUGGCGGUGUUCAAGUUUGUUCAAUUACCUUAACAACAAACACCCAAAUCCAAACCAAACUCAACUCUUAGAAGAUUUCAUUCUUUCUUCUCUCACCUUUGUCAAUUCUUCACAUAACAUACAUUCAUUUCUCUCUCUCUCUCCUUCAGGACCUGACAAUUUGUCACCAACUUUAAGUACUUACUUGCCCAGUAAACUAUUUCAUCGUCGUAUGCUAAAAAGCUUCCAACUUUAAAGUUAACGAAAACGAAAAGCUCUCUGGGAAAGAAAAAAGCAGCAACAAAAUUUGAUCUUCGGUUUUGGGUUGCAAUUGUAAUGCUGAAGCUCUCAGAGCUUUAUCAGUGAAUCCCCGGCAUCCUCCUCGUGAUCUUUGUCUUUGUACCAGGUUGUUUAUGAUAUACAAGCAGUUCAGAAUUUCGUUGCUAGGCAUUUAGUUUAGCACUACCUUUCUGCUUCUGCCACAACAUAAAAAGAUGGCAGCUCUGGUCAAUGCCGCAACAAAUGAGAAACUGGCUGAAACUGAUUGGAUGAAAAAUAUUGAAAUCUGUGAAUUAGUUGCACAUGAUCAAAGGCAAACUAAAGAUGUUGUUAAAGCUAUAAAAAAGAGGUUGAGUAACAAGAACCCUAAUAUUCAACUUUAUGCCGUUGUGUUGCUGGAAAUGUUGAUGAACAAUAUUGGAGAUCGUGUUUACCAGCAGGUGAUUGAUACGGGAAUUAUUGAUAUUCUUGUGAAAAUUGUGAAGAAAAAAUCAGACUUGCCUGUAAGGGAGAAGAUAUUUCUCCUACUAGAUGCCACACAAACAUCCCUUGGUGGUGCGUCUGGGAAGUUUCCACAGUAUUAUAAUGCAUAUUAUGAUUUGGUGAGUGCUGGGGUGCAGUUUCCUCAAAGGGAUCAAGUGACCCGAUCAAAUCGUCCUCGUACUCAACCUAGUAGGAUUAACAAUGUACCGAACAGGGAGCAGGCCCUGCCCAGACAACAGCAAGCAGAGUCCCAAACUGUUCCCGAAUCUAGCAUUAUUCAAAAGGCUAGUAAUGCAUUAGAAGUUUUAAAAGAAGUCCUUGAUGCUGUUGAUGCCCAACAUCCUCAGGCAGCAAGAGAUGAAUUCACCCUUGACCUUGUUGAACAGUGUUCAUUUCAGAAGCAAAGAGUAAUGCAUCUUGUGUUGGCUUCUCGAGAUGAGAGGAUAGUUUCUCGAGCAAUUGAAUUAAACGAGCAACUUCAGCAAGUUCUUGCAAGACAUGAUAGCCUUCUUUUGGACAGAGGCACAACAAUAGCUAAUCACUUGAAUUGUGAAGAAGAGGAAGAAGAACCAGAACAAUUAUUUCGGAGAUUACGCAAAGGAAAGGCUUGUGCAAGACCUGAACACGAAGAAAGUGAACCUGAGUUUCCUCACUUUGGAAUGCUUGAAGAGAGACUCAACCGUCCAUUAAUAAGACCAAUAUCUUUGGAGCCAUCUCGAGAAGCUAAUACAUGUCCUGCUCCUGCUGUGAUUCCUCCUCGCAUGGCGAUUCCACCACCGCCUUCAAAGCACAUUGAGAGGGAGAGAUAUUUUCUGGAAAAUAGAAAGGAUAGUGCUACUUUGGCUGGCCACUUGAGAGGACUCUCCUUGCAUAGUCACAAUGGUAGCAGCUCUCACAGUGGAAGCUUUGAUUUUAGUGAUUGAUCUCUUAACACAAAAAGGACAUAUUUAUUAACUUUUUGUUUUUUUCCCUUCUUUGGUGUUGGGAGUGGAAGUUGAUGGUUUCUGAUUUAGUCCUUGUUUGUGUGUUGGGGUGAGAGAUGGGGGGUUAUAUUUUAAGCCUGCUUCAGUUUGUAAGAAUGUAUGUAAUUAUUUAGUUACUGAGAUCAUGUUCUGAGACCUGAGGUUUUGUACGUCCCAGGUGAAAGUGUGAUAAUGCUUUCUCUUUUUCAAAUUUUUGGGAACUAUACUAUAUAUAUUUUUUCUCUCAA